GUCACUGCGCCCUCCUGCACCCAGCACGAGCCCUAUGGAGCCUGGGGCCACAGGCCACAGGGGACAAGGGCCAGGCACUCCAGCCAUGGGCCUGGGCCAUUGAUCCAGCCCAGGCUGGCCAGGUGGGGGUGGAGAGACCUUGGCCUGGACAAACAGAGGCUCCUGCGGCCUGAGAGCGGCCGGCGCCCACCUGCCACGCCUGAAGGGCUUUCCGAGUGUGACCCAGAUCCAGAGCCCCAGCUGCACCUGCGUGCUGAGCGCAGUCCCAGCCCCGGCUGGAGGCUGGAGCCGGCCUCGGCCAUGGUGUGAGGCCAGUGUGCGUGAGUCUGCAAGCCGUGUGCAGGUGUGGUCCCUCCAAGGGCCUCCACUGGGCACGUGUGGGAUGCCCAUGGCCCAGGCCCCCCAGGCAGCGGGUGGCCAGGGUGACGAAGGUGACGGUGAGGACCCCGAGCCAGAGGGGAUGUUCCAGGCCCCUGAGGACGCCAAGAGGAAGGUCCGGGACUGUCUCCGCCUGGCGCCCCUGUGGCUGGCGCUGGCCGUGCUGGCCUCGGCCGGGGUGAUGCUCUGGUAUUUCCUAGGGUACCGGGCGGAGGUGACGGUCAGCCAGGUGUACGCGGGCAGCCUGCGCGUGCUCAAUCGCCACUUCUCCCAGGACCUGGCCCGACGGGAGUCCAGCGUCUUCCGCAGCGAGUCUGCCAAAGCCCAGAGGAUGCUCAGGGAGCUCAUCGCCAGCACCCGAUUGGGCGCCUACUACAACGCCAGCUCCGUCUACGCCUUUGGGGAGGGACCCCUCACCUGCUUCUUCUGGUUCAUCCUCCAAAUCCCCGAGCGCCGCCGUCCGGCCCUGAGCGCGGAGGCGGUGCGGGAGCUGCUGGUGGAGGAGCUGCUGACCGCGGCCAACGGCUCGGCCCCGGCCCCGGACACAGCGGAGUACGCGCUGGACCCCGAGGGCCUGGUGAUCCUGGAAGCCGGCGUGAAAGACGUGGUCGCCCUGAACGCCACGCUGGGCUGUUACCGCUAUAGCUACGUGGGCCGGGGCCAGGCCCUGCGGCUGAAGGGGCCCGACCCGCUGGCCACCAGCUGCCUGUGGCACCUGCAGGGCCCCGAGGACUUCAUGCUCAAACUUCGGCUCCAGUGGACCCUGCCUGAGUGCCGCGACCGGUUGGCCGUGUACGACGCAGCGGGGCCUCUAGAGAAGAGGCUCAUCACCUCGGUCUAUGGCUGCAGCCGCCAGGAGCCUGUGCUGGACGUCCUGGCCUCGGGCGCCAUCAUGGCCGUGGUCUGGAAGAAGGGCCUGCACAGCUACUACGACCCCUUCCAGCUCUCCGUGCAGCCGGUGGCCUUCCAGGCCUGCCAGGUGAGCGUGGCGCUGGAGGGCCGUCUGGACCCGCAGGGCGUGCUGAGCACACCCUACUUCCCCAGCUACUACUCUCCCAGCACCCACUGCUCCUGGCACUUCACGGUGCCCUCUCUGGACUACGGCCUGGCCCUAUGGUUUGACGCCUAUGCUCUCCGGAGGCAGAAGUACGACCUGCCGUGCACCCAGGGCCAGUGGACCAUCCAGAACCGGAGGUUGUGUGGCUUGCGCACCCUGCAGCCCUAUGCCGAGAGGAUCCCCGUGGUGACCACGGCUGGCAUCACCAUCAACUUCACCUCCCAGAUCUCGCUCACGGGGCCCGGGGUUCAGGUGCACUACAGCUUGUACAACCAGUCAGACCCCUGCCCUGGAGAGUUCCUCUGCUCUGUGAACGGACUCUGUGUCCCGGCCUGUGACGGGAUCAAGGACUGCCCCAACGGCCUGGACGAGAGGAACUGUGUGUGCAGAGCCACAUUCCAGUGCCAGGAGGACAGCACGUGUGUCUCACUGUCCCGGGUCUGUGAUCAGCAGCCCGACUGCCUCAACGGCAGUGAUGAGGAGCAGUGCCAAGGAGGAGUGCCAUGUGGGACAUUCACCUUCCGGUGUGAGGACGGGAGCUGCGUGAAGAAGCCCAACCCCGAGUGUGACGGGCGGCCAGACUGCAGGGACGGCUCGGACGAGCGCCACUGCGACUGUGGCCUCCAGGGUCCCUCCAGCCGCAUUGUGGGUGGGGCCGUGUCCUCCGAGGGUGAGUGGCCGUGGCAGGCCAGCCUCCAGGUUCGGGGUCGCCACAUCUGUGGGGGGGCCCUCAUCGCUGACCGCUGGGUGAUCACAGCUGCGCACUGCUUCCAGGAAGACAGCAUGGCCUCCCCGGCGCUGUGGACCGUGUUCCUGGGCAAGGUGCGGCAGAACUCGCGCUGGCCCGGUGAGGUGUCCUUCAAGGUGAGCCGCCUGCUCCUGCAUCCGUACCACGAGGAGGACAGCCACGAUUACGACGUGGCCCUGCUGCAGCUCGACCACCCAGUGGUGCGCUCGGCCACCGUGCGCCCCGUCUGUCUGCCCGCGCGAUCCCACUUCUUCGAGCCGGGCCUGCACUGCUGGAUCACCGGCUGGGGCGCCCUGCGCGAGGGCGGCCCCACCAGCAAUGUCCUGCAGAAGGUGGACGUGCAGCUGAUCCCGCAGGACCUGUGCAGCGAGGCCUACCACUAUCAGGUGACACCGCGCAUGCUGUGUGCUGGCUACCGCAAAGGCAAGAAGGACGCCUGCCAGGGUGACUCUGGUGGCCCCCUGGUUUGCAAGGAGCCCAGUGGCCACUGGUUCCUGGCAGGACUGGUCAGCUGGGGCCUGGGCUGCGGCCGGCCCAACUACUUUGGCGUCUACACUCGGAUCACAGGAGUGAUCGGCUGGGUCCAGCAGGCGCUGACCUGAGAAGCUGCUGCACUCGGAGUUGGGGUCAUCUUCUGCCUCGGGCAGAGCCCAGGGUGCCCUGUGCAGGAGGAGGGGCAACCUGGGGGCGUGGUCCUAUGGAGGUGGGGGCUGGCACCUGCCCCUGGGCCUGCUCCCUGCCUCUGAGGCCAUCAGCAGAGGUGGAGAAUCCCGAGGGCCCAGGCCCUGCACCUCAUCCUCACUGGGGACUGACUGCUGGGAGGGGCUCAGCCGCGAUGAUGCUGGCUCCUAGGUCCCCAGGAGUGUCUGAGACCCCCACCUCGCCCCAGGCAGAGGCCAUCUGGGCGAAACCGGUUCCACAGGGCAGAUUCAGCUGUGAAGCCUCUGGGGUAUUUUGGGGGUGCAGGUGGAAAGUGCCUAGUUGGAGGGACCCUCAGAGCCUGGGAGACUGCCAAGUGGGCCAGCAGCCACCAUAAGCCAAAGCGAGGGGCAGCCCCGGCCGCAGAGCCUGAGCCACCUUGCCUGCCCCCGGGGCCUCCCAGCCAGACUCGUGGGAGGCCAGCUAGCCUGCCCUGUGAAUAAAGCGUAGGGCCAGCCUCGCCCAACUGGA